CAGCCAUAACAGUCUUUCUGCCCAGUUGCCACUAAAAGCGUUGGUCUCUGAACUUUGCCCGGUGUGGGCGCUUUGUCUGAAGCACCAUGGACAGCAACCCUCUGGCGCACCUCGACGCUGCUGAUUUCCUGCGCAUCUGGCAGCACUUCGAUGCCGACGGCAAUGGUUACAUAGAAGGGAAGGAGCUUGAUAACUUUUUUCGUCAUCUGCUAAAGGCUAUGGACCCUGGGAACGUCAUAACAGAAGAAAAAGUCCGGAUGGUUAAAGAACAGUAUAUGUCAGCUUUUGAUGUGACUGCAGAUGGACGCUUACAGAUACAAGAGCUUGCCAGUAUGCUUUUGCCAGAGGAUGAGAACUUUCUGCUGCUUUUCCGACGAGAAACACCCUUGGGCAAUAGUGUAGAGUUCAUUCGCAUUUGGCGUCAAUACGAUGCUGAUCGAAGUGGCUUUAUUUCUGCUGCUGAGCUCCAAAACUUUCUGCAAGAUCUUUUUCGUCAACAUGGAAAAAAUGUUUCUAAGGCUAAAUUGCAGGAAUAUACUGAUGCCAUGAUGAAGAUCUUUGACAAAAAUAAAGAUGGGAAACUGGACCUGAAUGAUCUAGCAAGGAUCCUGGCUCUUCAAGAGAAUUUUCUCCUUCAAUUUAAAAUGGAUGCUUGUAGUACAGAAGAAAGGAAGAGAGAUUUUGAGAAAAUCUUUUCUCACUAUGAUGUUAGUAAGACAGGAGCACUUGAAGGCCCUGAAGUGGAUGGGUUUGUUAAAGACAUGAUGGAACUCGUCAAGCCUAGCAUUAGUGGCACGGACCUGGAUAAGUUGCGCCAGAUACUGCUUCGCCACUGCGAUGCCAACAAGGAUGGGAAGAUUCAAAAAUCUGAACUUGCCUUGUGUCUGGGAAUUAAAAUGACCCCAUAGACCUCAAUUAGCUUUCCCUAUGGUUUGCUACUUUUGUCCUUUGCAAACCUGCUGAUGCUGGUAGAAUAUCUUCAGUGCUGUGUUUAUCAUCUGUGUUAUAUUACUGAACCUGGAAGAUAAGGGCAAAUCACUGCUGAGAUGAAUAUUGAAUUGUAAGGAUGCAGCCAAACAGAAAGCGUGUUAUGAGCUUUGUUCCUUGAGCUCUUUGUUCCAUGCUGUUCCAAAUGAGAUAUUAUCCAUGGGAUUUCAGAUGCCUUUUGUAAGCAUGCUCAUAUUCUCAAGCCUGCCACUUUGUCAGGAUAUGCAUUCUUUACCAGUACUGGUGCUACAGAACAUUGAAUUUUAUUGUGUUCAGAGAUCUAAACUAAAACUGAAGUCUCCCUCCCUUUUCCUCCUCAGUGCUUUAUGUCUGUGACAGCUACUUGUUAUAUGAGAUUUGAUGUAUUUUUAAAAAGGCACAUGAGUGCUAUGAUAUCAGUUGCGGAUCGGUGUAUUUAGGAAUAAAAGCGGCCAUUUAGAAGACAAAA